AAAAUGGCGUAUUCAGUGAACAUCUCUGUGGAAGCACCGAUCGAGAAUCAGAUUCAAGAAAUUACUUAUGAUGGUCAAGAAAUUUAUCAAGCACCCCUUACAUUGUCUGAAAACUUGGCGAAAAUUGCGCAAAAGAUUGAUUUUAGUAAAGCCAAUGGUGAUGACAUUAAGAAAGAAUCUGAAGGCGGAGAAAAAGGUGAAGAAGACACAAAAGACCCUGCCUCUUUUCAGUCAUCCUUAUGGCCAUGGGACAGUGUUAGGAAUAAAUUAAGAAAUGCAUUGACUGAAGUAUGUGUACUAGCAGAUGUUCUUGCAAUAGCAAAAGAAAAGCAUUAUAUGGUUCUUGAUCCUGUGCCACAAGAACCAGCUGAAGUAAAGCCCAUGAUACAAGUAUAUGCUAGGAAAAAAGCACUAGCUGGAGCUGCAUCUGUUAUUAUGAUGGGUGCUGAUAGAUUAAAAAACUGUCAAAAUGAAUUGGCUAGGAAUAGAUCAACUCCAGAUUUUCACAUUGAAUUACUGAGAUUGAGACAAAAUUGGCGUUUGAAAAAAGUUUCUAAUUCAAUCAUUGGUGAUCUUAGUUAUAGAACAGCUGGAUCUAAGUUUCCUCAGACCGGUAUGUUUGAAGUUACAAAGGCAGAAGAGGAAGAAAAAAGUACUACAAGUCCUCCUGCAUCUCCAAGUGCUGGUAAUAAUGUAUCAGGUCAAACCCAUCCUCCAAAUUCCAAAGCUUCUGCAUUGAGAGUUACUAUUCCCAGUGAAUUACAGGGUGUUGCUUAUAUAGAGGUAUUAUGUAAAAAAGAUCAAGAAGAUUUAUGCAGUGCAAAUAUUAGUUUACUUAAUAACAGUGCACAUAGUUCCAAUGCAGACAUGCACUGGCAGCAAAAAUUGGAAGCUGCACAGAAUGUUCUCUUUUGUAAAGAAUUGUUCAGUCAGUUGGCAAGAGAAGCGGUGCAUUUACGUGCGCCUAUACCUCAUAUGGUUGUUGGCAAUCAAAUAAUGGCAACAGUACUGCCUGGAAUUCAGUUAAUCAUAGGACUUUGUCAUAGUACAGGAAAUGAUAAAAAACCAGCCGCACCUCCUCCCCAUAAAAGUGAUCAUGAUCAUGUGUUAGAGCAUUCUUUGCAUCAACUUUUACGUGAAGUUCAUCAUAAAAAUACCCAUCACCCAUUUCCGCAUCCUUCUUCAGGACCUCUUGGGCCCAGUAAAAGGAGAUGUUUGGCUGGCCCAACAGCCGCUGAUAGAUACGAGCUUUUAGAAAUGACGAAAAGUCAAACUCUUUUAGAACAAAUUAUUCAACAGGCUCAACAUUAUUUUAUGCGAUUACGUACCGAAUACGUCCUAGAUACAAUAGCGAAAGAAGUAAAAGAUCCUUUAAUCGUUUCUCAUUGGAACGCGUUAAAUUCCCCAACACAGUCUUGUGUAAAGAUUAAUAUUUUAACGCAUGGAUACGACACGGUAUGUCGAACAUCACUUGUUGUUCACAUAGGAGAAAAAUCUCUAAAAUGUGUUUGUCGAGAUGGUAGAGUAAUGCAUAUGAGCUAUGAACCUCAAGAAUUACGUGAUUUGAUAUUUUGUCAGAUUUAUCAACAUCAAAUAACAGCGGUACAGGCAUUAGCAAAAUGUAUGGGUUGGCAGUUUUUGGCCAAUAGUUCACAUCUCGGGUUAGGUGCCGUGGAACUUUUAGGAAAUGCUAGCAGUUGUAUUUUGGCUUCACCAAUAGGCGAUAGGAUGAUAGCUGUUAGAUGUGAACCGCAAACGGGAGUACAAGUUGCGAUAGCUCAUUCCCCUAGGAAGGAUUUCUUUCCUGGGCAAUUAGUACGAGAAAGGAAGUGGGAAAAUUUAGGUGGUUCAUUCAAAGAAGUUCGGUGGGAUAAAAUGGAGGGAAAAAACUUUUUAAACAAAAUGGAAUUGCUUAUGGCUUCUUUAACAAGCUCCUAGAUAUUAUUAAUGACUGAUUAGGAAUUCCAUUGUUCCACAGGGUGAAAAUACGUGAUUACACAUUCAGAUUUUAUAUCGGAUCUGAUACAUCUUUUUAUUACAUAAUUAAAUGAUAGAUGAAUUUGUUCGAGUGAUAUCUCGCGACUGUGAUUCAUUUUAU